CCUUUCAUACUUCACUAUCUUCAUAACUCUAAAAGAAAAUGCAAUUCAACAAAUUUUGUUACUCAAAAAAUUGAAUCUUUUUAGCUUUACCUCUCCUAUUUUUGCAAAUUUUUGUACUAAAAAUGGCUUCUUCUAACAAUUUAAUGACUAUGGAGCCAUGGGCUUUUCGUUCUGCUUUUGGUGAUUCUUGGUUUUCCGACGUAUUCAACAGAGAAACUGAAACAUUAACCAAAGUCCUCCAAAAAUCUGUCUUUCCGGAACCGGAGACGGAGACGACAAACCCGGUUCAGACUUCGACAGGAUCCGGUCGGACCGUUUCCGGCGGGUCGGAGAACGAAACGAUCGGUCCAAACCGGCGGAGUAAAGUCGGAGUGAGAGGGAAGAUAACUAAGAGGAAGUCACGUGCUUCGAGGAGGAAUACGACGACGUAUAUAACUGCUGACGUGGAUAAUUUCCGGCAUAUGGUGCAGCAGGUGACCGGCGUUAGGUUCGGCGGCGACGGCGACGGACAGCUUCCGGUUGCUCAUGUACUAAAACCUGAACCUCAGCGUGUUGUUAACCGGCUACAGCCUGGCUGCUUUUUGCCAACUCUCGACACGUCAGCUUUUUUACUGGACCACGUCACCGGACAAUCGUUGGAACCUAUGCCGGCGCCACCUCAGACGGCGGCGGAUGUGGUGGUUGACGGUGGCUCAUGUGGAUAUGACUUUAGCUCUUUUUCUGGGUUUCCUACCCUUGAGUCAUUCAUGGAAAACAGCAAUGUAGUUUAAUGUAACAGGCCCUUUUCUGUAAUUUCACUUGGAGGGUGUAGAUUUUUGGAGUAGUAGAGGAAAGGGUAAAAUGGGAAAAUCAAAUUAUGUUUAUAUUUUUAGUCUUUUAAUUUUAGCUAAUCUAGCUAGUAUUAUUUUUUCUUUUUUUUUUAAGUAAAUGAGAACAUGAGUUGUCAUGUGCUUUCAUUUUCAUGGUUCAAUUGUAAUCUCAAAUCUAAUUCAGAGA